AUGAAUAAUCUAAGUAAUAGUUUUGGUGAUAGUUUUGGAUAUUUUGAGGGGAAAAGAGGUUUGAGGCAAGGGGAUCCUAUUUCCCCCUUGCUAUUUGUGUUGGUCAUGGAAUACUUAUCACGAGUCUUGGCCAAAAUGGCAAAACUACCAGAUUUUAGAUACCACCCGAUGUGCAAACAGCAGGGGUUAACACACUUAGUUUUUGCCGAUGACCUGAUGAUAUUUUGUAAGGGACAGCCAGCAUCUGUGCGAAGAAUUAUGGAAGCUUUGGGGCAUUUCACUGAAGCAACAGGUUUGGAAGCAAACGUUGAUAAAUCAAGUCUGUAUUUAGCUGGAGUAGACGAUGACACGAAAGAAGAGAUAAGUCAAAUUACGGGAUAUGCAAUCGGCUCAUUUCCUAUAAGGUACCCGGGCUUACCAUUAUCACCAAAGAAAUGGAACAAAUUGGAAUGCCAUCAACUAUGUCAAAAGAUCACAGAAAAGAUUCGAACUGUAUCCACUAGGCACUUAUCUUACGCAGGUAAACUACAAAUCAUAAAUUCUGUCUUCUUCUCACUGCACAAUUUCUGGGGAUCGGUGUUCAUACUGCCACAAAGUGUCAUAAAAGAAGUGGAUAAGAAAUGUAGGGAGUUCCUUUGGGGGAGUACAACGGAGAAAAAGAAAAUCGCAUUGGUUGCGUGGGAAAAGUUGUGUAGACCAAAGCGCCAAGGGGGUUUAAACAUUAAGGGGUGCAAAAUCUGGAAUAUGGCAGCGGUUGGGAAACUAAUAUGGCACAUAAUGGAGAAGAAGGAUAUAAUGUGGGUUAAAUGGGUGCAAGGUGUAUAUAUGAACAACUCUGAUGACUUCAUGAACCAUGACCCUCCAUCGGACUGCAGCUGGUACUGGAAAAGGUUAAACAAACUCAAAUUGCAAAUGGUCAACUGGUAUGUAAAUGCACGAUAUACACUCACUGCAAAUAGACAAUAUUCAGUAACUAAGGGAUAUAUUCAGUUGAUUGGAGAAGCACCAAGGUGGGACAUUGCAGAACUGGUAUGGAAUCGAGUUGCCGUACCAAAACACAGAUUCAUUCUUUGGUUAGCAGUGUUGGGUCGACUGCUUACUAGAGUAAGGAUGCAGGAAAUUGGACUGGGAUGUGAAGAGAACCAGUGUGUUAUGUGUGCUGAUGGGGCAGCUGAGACAGCAAGCCAUCUGUUCUCAGAGUGUGUAUGGACAAGAGGAAUAUGGGAUUCAAUACAGGGAUGGUUAGGUGUCAAAGUUCACCAAAGAGAAAUCAAGGAAGAUAUGCAGAUCAUCAAGUCUAAACACUGGAAACGGAUCAAGAAAGAUAUAGCAGCAGCUGUAUAUGGUGCUGUUAUUUACUACACUUGGAUGGCAAGAAAUAGCAUGAUUUUCCAAGGAAAGAACGUGAGCAGAAACUUGGUCAUUCAACAGAUACGAAAUGUAAUUACGGAAAGGCUAAAUAUAGUUAGAGAUACAAAGAGAGGUAGGAAAUGUAGUUCUUUUAUACAAAACGUUGUAACUAGCUGCUAA